CUGGUCUAACCCGCUGAGUGAGCGUGGCUUCAGUCAGGCAUUUAUCUGACUGCCGCAGGAGGACACACCACUUCCCAGAAGUCUGAUGUGAGGGGACUCUACUGCAACUCUGCUUUUUCCAUAAGAUGUCAUGGAUCCUCGUCCAAGGCGCACAGAACCGGUCCAGAGACAUGACGCACAGGUCUCUGACCUCCCCAUGCCGCUCAGAGAUGAUCUGGACGCGAUGCACGUUUAUGAGGACCUGGAGGUGUUCCAUGGGGAUGAGGAGCAUGUGUAUGAGAGGUCCUUCUCUGGAAUUGUAAACAUUACUCAGCCCCAGCCCAAGCCUCAAACCCGCAUCCAGAGCCAGGGUGGAGGACUGAACACUAACCCAGUACCACAGCGCACUAAUGGUCCAACCCAGGCCCAGGCCCCUGUCGUCCCCCUCAGGCCCAGGUUCUCUGUUGGAGACUUGCCAGGCAGACAAGGCCUUCAACCCCCUCCUCUUCCUCCCAGGACUCGAGUCCCCCUGAGUAGGAACAGAACUCGCUUCUCCUGUGAACUCACUGUGCCUGUCCAAAAACUGAGCCGAUCCAGGACAGAAAUAGACAGUCAUGAUCCAUGGAGCAUCACACUAACAGAUUGUCCACAAGGCAGCACCAGGAGCCUGGUCUCUUUUUCAUCAGCAGCCUCCAAGCUGGUGUCGCGGUACAAACACACAGACAGCGUUUAUAACUCCGGUAUGGUGUGGGGUCGACUGUUCUGCAUCCACCCUGCACUGUUGCAACAGGUGGUGGUCACUGUGAACGUGUCCACAGACUGGGACAGUCACCAGCUCCCCAUCCCCACCACGGUGAACAGAUCAGUCAGCAGUCUGAUUGAUGAAAUCUUCCAGCUGUUGGAUCUGACUCGCAGCACCAGCGGACAUUAUGUUUUAAAGCUGUGUGACUCGGAGGAGUAUCUCCAUAAUGAAGAACUCCUGGGUGUGCACGAGACCAUUCAGAUCUACAGCAAGUUUAACCUGGCCGUGCCCCUGCGACUUCUCCACAUCAAUAACUUCACCCACUGUCUGGCCAGGGAUGGGGAGGAUGACAGGACUCCAUGCCAGCUUUUCCAGCUCUUGCGUCCGGUCUCUGUCUUCAACGCCUGCAAGUUGAGCCUGCAGGACGUGCUCAGCAGCUUCAACAAAGAGGUGAUGGAGCUGAUGAGAAACAAGUCGGGGGUGAAUGUAAAUGUGCUGGUGGACCACGUUCGCACCAUCAGCAAUCUUCUGUGUGGGAUUUCCAGUCAGGAGUUGGAGGACGCCAUCGGCAUGCUCAACAGAAUUAACCCAACGCCUCAGACAGGUGAGGAGAUAUCUGCAUGUGAAACCGCUGUACUCAUGCUCCACAAGUCUCUACAAAAAUUGCUGCAAAUCUUUUUCGACAACUUCCAGUCAGACUUCAGAGGUCUGGGGGUCACGUAUAAACAUGAAAUCUGCGACAUUGAGUACAACAGUGAAAUUUUGCAGUUCAACAUUGCUGCUCUGUACAAGCUCCAGCGCCCUUGGAUGGCUACCUUUGAGUGCUUCUCCAUUUCCUGUGACUUGACGUAUGUAGAUAAGAAGAUCUGCGAGACCAGCGUUUCUGAAAAUAUAAGCACUGCCUUGGCAUUUGGAAACAAGAUUCAGUGUAACCGCAUGAUGGUGUUUCCUGUUCCAGUGAAUCAGCUGCAGUAUGAGUGCAUGUUGACAUUUCAUCUCAUGGGCUCGAAGCGAGGAAAGAACCCAGAGCUGUUGGGUUGGGCUGUACUACCCCUGUUCAGUGACAGGACUCUGGUGAAUGGGACCGUCCUCCUCAGUCUGUCAUCAUUAUCAGAGCUGCCGGCUGCUCCGUCUCCAGCUCUGACCGACAGCCACAGAAGACCUGCCGGAGUCCUGCUGCAGCUGGACUUUGCAGAUGAGUUUGAGUGGAAGUAUCAGAGGCCCAUCGCACUUCCUGGCUCUGCUACUUUCUCUCAGCCUUGUGAGGAGCUGCAGAAGAAGCUAUUAGACGUCUCCAAAAAACCUUGCCUGUGCUUUCUGUCUGAAAAUGAGAAGACCUUCCUCUGGAGUAAACGCUACUACAGCGACAAGACAACCACCUUCCUCCAUCUGCUGCUGGGUGGAGUUGAACACUGGCGGCCUGAGGACUUAACAGAGAUCUAUACGGUGGUGGAUAAGUGGUUGAUUCAUCUACCGGAGGAGGCCCUGUUCCUGCUCAGUGACAGUUUCCAUGAUCAGACUGUGCGCAGAACUGCUGUUCAGUACUUUGAACAGAUACCAGAUGGGGAACUGGAGACGUUUCUACCACAGCUGGUCCAAGCUCUGAAGAGUGAGUGGGAGUUAGAUGGACCUCUGGUUAUGCUGCUGUUGGAGAGAUCCGUUAAAAACAUCCGGAUCGCUCAGCAGCUGUACUGGCUGUUGGAAGACGCCCACAACGACCUCCACUACCAGAGCUGGUUCAGUAAGGUGCAGGCAGCGUUACGACACUGCUGUGGACACGCUCUGAGACAGGAGCUGGACAACGAAAACCGCCUCGUCUCCAUCCUCAUGCAGGUGGCUGAAAAAGUGCGCAGAGCUGACAAGACUCGACGUGAGAACAUUUUAAGUAAAGAGAAGUUGAAGAUUGCAGACUUCUUCCAAAAUGGGCUAAGCUGUUGUCUACCACUAGAUGCUGCAGUUCGUGUAAAGGCUGUGGACUUAGAUGCCUGUAAGUUCUACAACUCGAACGCUGCUCCUCUCGGGAUCUCAUUCAUCUGUUCCGACCCUUUAGCCAAGAACGUCAGCGUCAUCUGCAAGACAGGAGAUAACCUGCAGCAGGACAUGCUGGUGCUACAGAUUGUUCGUAUCAUGGACCGGGUGUGGCUUCAGGACGGACUUGACAUGCGGAUGGUAACCUACAGGUGUCUGUCUACGGGAAGAGCUCAGGGCCUGGUAGAGGUUGUUCCAGAGGCGGUGACCCUGGGGAAGAUUCAGCAGAAGUGGGGUCUGGGCGGGACCCUUCGAGAGGACACGCUGGAGAAAUGGUUUCACAUGUGGAAUAAAACAAAGGAAGACUAUGAGAAGGCUGUGAUGAACUUCAUCCACUCGUGUGCAGGUUGGUGUGUAGCCACCUUCAUCCUGGGAAUCUGUGAUCGCCACAAUGACAACAUCAUGUUGAAACACAGUGGGCACAUGUUCCACAUCGACUUUGGCAAAAUCAUGGGCAAUGCGCAGAAGUUCGCAAAUAUCAAAAGAGACCGAUCACCAUUCAUCUUUUCAUCUGAGAUGCAGCACUUCAUCACAGGUGGAGGUCAGAAACCUCAGCGUCUGCAUCGCUUUGUGGAACUGUGCUGUGAAGCUUACAAUAUAAUUCGAGGGCGUUCAGCGCUGAUCCUCAGCCUGAUAGAGCUGAUGCUGGGAGCAGGAAUGCCUGAAGUGAAGGACACCAGUGUCCUGCAGUACGUCCAGAACAACCUCAGGCCCCAUGACACAGACCUGGAGGCCACAUCCUACUUCACAAAGAAAAUCAAGGAGAGCAUGGGCUGCAUUGCAGUGAAGUUUAACUUCCUGACACACAGCAUCGCACAGGGGAAGAAACCAGAACCUCUAAGUCAGGAUGGCAUCCCUGCCCCGAGCACCAACAUCCAAGAAGCUGUCAUCCAGGGAUACACUGCCAAGGGAAAAGAUGUGCUCUAUAAUUUAAGAGUUACCAUUGAUGAUGGGUUUCUGACCAGCGAGAUGACAUUCGGGGACUUUGAGCUGAUCCAUAAGCAGCUGCAGAAGUACUUCAUAGAGUCGACACUGCCUCAGUUCCCCAGGUGGUUUCAGAUGUCCUUCACCCACAACAGGAAAAUGUCUCUGCUGAAUAAAUACCUACAGCAGCUUUUUGAGGGACCCUGUAAAGGAAAUGAAUUUGUAUGUAGCUUGUUUCUGGACGGCCCCAAGAAAGUCCAUGAAACUUUGGCAAGAGGAGCCUGUCCACAGAUCCAGCUCUACAUUUCUUACUCUGACUCUAAACUCUCAGUGUUGAUAAAGCACUUGAAGAACAUUAAACAGGCUAAUGGCACUAACCCGGACGCCUAUGUGGUCACACGUUUAAGACCUGACCCUCAACAGCGCUCCAAGAGAAAGACAAAAGUGGUCCGCAAUAACGACAACCCCUUUUUUAAUGAGCUGCUGGAGUACUGUAAUGUCCCGAUCCUGUAUGGGAUGGUGCUGGAGGUGACAGUUAAGAGCAAGAAGACGUUUGUGGCUGCAACCAACAUUAGACUGGAGGAGGGGCUGCUCGACAAAGAAAAAUGGUUUCUCCUUGGGAACUGUGCGAUCUGAAUUCAGAUGGCUGUGCUGUGGGUGUGUUGCCAGCAGGGGGAGCAGCUACAUUGGGACAACAAGUUCACAAGCGUUUUUCUAGACUCUUUAAAGGAGACGAAUCACCCUGAGAAGUAGAACUGAACUCUCAUUUAUUCCUAUUUAUCAAAUGCAACUUAACCUCACUCCAGAGCUCAAUAGAGUGGCAGCUGAUGGGGUUUUUUGGACCGAGUUACAAAGCUGAAGACUUAAAAGGAGAUUGUUUACAGUGGCUGUGGUAGUGAUUCUUAAUGCAAUAUACUUUUUUUUUUGUUUUUAAAUGUUGAUCAAAUGAAGUUUGCUCAUGAAAUAAUAUUUUAACUGUGGCCUUGGUGACGGUAAAAUGUAGGAAUAUUGUCCUAUACGUAACAUACUUGCACUUUGGUUUGUGGAAUGACUUGGUUUUCCUCAUUGUGAGUCUAAACAGUCCCUGUCAGUGUGUGUGUGUGUGUGUGUCCAGAACUGCCAAUAUGACAGAUUAAGGAGGAGGUGAUGCAGCGCUGUUGGAGCAGCCUGCCCGUUACCUGCUCAGACUGACUAUGUUUGUCCCUUUGGGCUGUGUCAGAUGGACGUCCUUGACCGGUGGAUUUAGAAGGGGGAGGAGGGUGAGAGUGUGUGCGUGUGUGUGUGAGUGUGAGUGUGCGUGUGUGUGUGUGAGUGUGCGUGUGCGUGCGCGUGUGUGUGUGUGUGUGAGCAGGAUGACAACUGUGUCUUUCUUUGCCCGAGGCGCUGAGUUAACACUCUGCCCCUCAUUCCACCCUUUGUCUGAUCAUCAGUUGCAUUCAAAUCCAGCUCCACACAUACAUGCACAAACACGCAAAAGCAGACUUUGACAUGGCAAAGCAAAAACCACAGAAAAAACACCCCCACCCCCACACACAUAUACUCACUCUAGAUGAAGGCAGGUCUUCAUGUUAUCUUAAUGCCAUCCUCCUGACAGGCCUGCUGACCCGUACUCUCCUCUGCCUCAUUCAUAGGAUUUAGCGAUGAACAAGGAUAGGAAUAGACUUCCCUGCACUGGAUUUGGUUCAAUAAUGUAUACCUCUGUGAAUGCUAUUUAUAUUAUUCCCUGCUGAGUCUCUUGCAGGGAGGUAGGCUUAGAAGCCCUUGCUACGCUUUCAUUGUAGUGUUCAUGGACUACUAAUGUGUCCUGGCAUUACUCAUCACUUUCAGCUCUAAUUAAAAGACAUGCGUUGUUUUGGAAGAGGUGAUGAAGACAAAAUAGUAAAGUUCCUGAGGAUGUUUUCAAUCGUCCUCUCAGCCCAGGAGAUACCACAGUGGUUGCACUUCUAUCAAUGAUUAAUUAUUAAAUAAAAAAAAAAUAGUAUUUUACCCCAGGGUUUUUCUUUUUUGAAUUUGAUUAUAACAAAGCAGAGUAUCUUUUCAGGCCUGCUGGAACCCUCUGGUCUUUUCCUCUGCAGCACACAGUGCAGGCAAAAUCUAUUUUCUGACAAUAAAACUGGUAUUUAUAUCUGA